AGCUGAGCAGAUCCACACCUGAUUCAGGAUCUGAGCAACAGUUAAAGAAUUUCACCGGAACCUGUGAAGGAGAUGAACUCAGAGACAAACAGGCGGAAGUGAAAGUAAAGCCCAAGUGUUUCCUAGUUCAUAGACGGAGUGGCACAGAGUCAUGAGCGCUCUACAGUUUAACAGUGUUUUACUGGAGAUUUCUAACCAGCUGUCCGCCGAGCAGCUGGAGAAACUAAAGUUUCUGAACCAAGACAUCGGGAAACGGGAGCUGGAGAAGAUUAACACCGGAAUCAGACUGUUUCAGGUCCUGUCGGAGAGACGCAAACUGUCAGCAGACAACACGGAGUGGCUGUGUGAGCUCCUCAGGAAGAUCCAACGACCGGACCUCUCCGAGAAGUUGAACAAUUAUGAAAGUCAAGCUGGAUUUAACGACAACCAACCGGACGAGGAGGAGAGAGCCAAACUGGACAUUGCCACAGAGGUGAUCGCUGAGAAGCUGGGAAGGAACUGGCGUAAACUGGGCCGCAAACUGGGACUGAAUGACGUGAAGCUGGAGUCCAUCUCCAGGAGGCAUCCCACAGAGCUGGAUGAAAUGGUGAGGGAGCUGCUGAAGGAGUGGAGGAAGAGUCAAGGAGCCGAGGCCCGAACAGAGAAGCUGAUACAAGCCCUGAGAGCCUGCGACUUCAACCUGACUGCUGAUAAUGUGGAGGACGCACUUGCAAAACACUGAUAUGGGUGGAGGUUUACAGAUCAUAUAAGACUGAGAUGAACUCUAGGAAUGAAAUCGAAAACUCUGACUAACCUUCAAGAAAAGAAAAUUAACUUUCAAGAAAGUUAUAUAAAGAUAUAUAAACGUAUGCAAAAAAAUAUCUUUUGAUCAAUAAAUUGACUUCCUGAAUGUCAUAUAACAUGAUUCUGAUUAUGUUUCAUGGUUUCACCUGAAGAUGAAAACAAACAAGUGAACUCGGACAUAUUCUGAUUAAUCAAAUAAUGAUAAAGCAACUGAAUGGUGAACAUUUAAACAUUAGUGAAUAUAAUGUGUCACCUAAUAAUGAUCAUCCGGCAACAGGGAAACUUUCUGCAGGUGAUUGUGGA